CAAUGAGAAAGAAAAUAAAUAAUAUUUGGGUUUUUUAAAUUAAUCAAAAACCAAAGAACAGACAUUUCUUCUCCUUUACUAAAUUGAUUCUCUUCUUUGCUUUCAAUUCAUCUACCAAUUCCUUCUUGACCUUCUCUUCUCAUCUAUCACCCCUCCCUCACAUUUUCCUUCUCUAAUAUUCUCAGGAACCAAACAGGAAAUUAGGGUUCUUUUUCUGAAAUCCAAUGACUUUUUAUGAUGAUAAUAAUAAUGAUGAGGGAGUAGAGGUGGUACCAGAGCUGAACCUAAGAGUUGAGGGUGAUGAUGAUGAUGAUGUUUACGGCAAAGGGGAGAACUUGAGUCAGAGAUUAUUAGAAGAAUGUGAAGCAGAAGAGAGAGAUUUGUUGUUAAAGGAGACAGCUUUUUCUUCUAUAUGGAGAAGGUCUACUUGGUAUUGGAUCAAAUUGGGAAUUUUAUUUACCUUUAUAGGGUUAUUGGCUGCUGUUUUCCUCAAAUGGAUUGGCCCAUUUUUCAUGGACAAGGAGCUAAUGCCUAUAAUAAAUUGGGAGAUGACAACCUUUAGUACUCCAAUGCUGGCAGUUCUAGUCUUUGCUUCUGUGGCAUUAUUCCCCACAAUACUUCUACCGUCUACACCAUCUAUGUGGGUGGCAGGGAUGACAUUUGGUUAUGGUUUUGGAUUUCUGUUAAUCAUAUCUGCAGCCGCUGCGGGCGUAUCACUUCCAUUCUUUAUUGGGUCUCUUUUCCUUCACAGAAUUCAAGGCUGGUUAGAUAAAUAUCCUAAGAAAGCUGCCAUUCUUAGGGCAGCUGGUGAAGGAAAUUGGUUUCAUCAAUUUAGAGCUGUAACAUUAAUCAGGAUCUCUCCAUUCCCCUAUAUGAUAUAUAAUUACUGUGCAGUUGCAACGCAUGUUCGGUAUGGUCCUUACAUCUUGGGAUCUUUGAUAGGAAUGGUUCCAGAAAUUUUUGUUGCAAUAUACACUGGGAUCCUCAUACAGACUUUGGCAGAUGCUUCACAGGAGCCGCACGGCCUUUCAGCUCCACAGAUUUUGUUAAAUGUUGGUGGUUUCCUUUUAACAGUGGUGACAACAAUUGUUUUCACAGUUUAUGCGAAAAGGCAGCUAAAAAUAUUGCAGAAAGAAGAAGAAUUACUAUUGCAGUAAGCUGUAGCUUGGUUCAGAGAGAAAACAUGUCUACCCAAGCCAGGUGUCUAUCCCAUGUUGAGACACGAUAUAAGGCUGGAUGAAGUUUUAUUUAUUGAACAACUUUAUCCAUUGAAGGGAAUGUGUGAACACAGUAUGGUCCUAUGUAACAAUGUGAAGAAGUGACACAGGGAACCAAACCAAGAUAAAAAUCUGACAUCAUAUAGAAAGGCAGUUUCAUUCUUCCAUUUAUUUAAUGAAUUUUAUUCUUUGCCCUUUGUCUCUCUUACACAUAAUAGAGAUUUGUAUAUGAAAGAAACGUCUGUCUUAUGAAAGUUGAAGUGGACGAAGGCAAAAUUGCUGACAUUUGUGUACAUAAAUCAUUGUCAUUUUGUCGACUUGUUAUAUAUGAUGUUCUGCAGAAUCCUUGCUUUUAUGGC